UGCGGCUGAGAAAAGAUCCUUAACACGUUGUCCCUGUAUGCAUCAAUCCGUGCGAGGCCGUCUAAUAUGGGAGGAUGGUUGUUCGUAGAAUUAUCACGCUGAUACUCUCACUGGCAGCAUGGCACGAAGUUUCUACUUCGGUGCCAAUAAGAUCUGUGGCUGUAGACCUAGGAGAAAACUUGACUCUAGCAUGUGCACAAGAGGAUGCUCUGCCACACUCAGGAGAACCUAUUGGAAUGAUGUGGAUAAGGGAGGGACGCGAGGAUGGACAGGUUGAGAGACUAAAAGUCGAGCCUAAUGGAGCUUUGGAACUCAUUAAUGUCAGUGCAGAUGAUGCUGGAAAUUAUUCGUGCACCUUAGAUGAUGAUCACGAUGCUGUCAAAACUAGAAUCAAUGUACAAGUUAGAACUCCUCCUCCGGCUUUACACAAUGUGUGGGUAAAACCGUCAACGAUAUUGGCAAACAUUCUUUGGGAAGUAGCUGGUACAGGUGGUUAUCCUAUCAUAGAUUUCACUGCCGAAUAUCGUCUUAAACCACAUGAAGGUGAAGAACCAGAAGACUGGAAGCCUAUUGUUCCAACGCACAUUCCUCCAAAUUCUAGGCAAAUCGAUGUGUAUCACUUGGUGCCAAACACUACAUACUUGUUCCGAGUGUGGGCAACGAAUCAGCUGGGAAGAGGAGAGAUCGUCGAGGUCGAGGGACAUACCCAUCACAGUAUCGAGGAAUUAGAACUUGCAAGACAUCUCUUAGCAGGUGUAGAAAAUUUUGACACUCGCGUCUGGGUGGCAGCAGUAGGGAUAGUUAUGGGUACACUUUUGAUUCUUGGUAUAGGUACUUGUUACCUCCUCUAUCGUGAGUGCAAAGUACCCUCGCAGCUGGAGGAGCAGGAGGUGAUUGAACUUGUACCCAAUAUCAUUCUGAAUCCAGGAUUUUUCGACGAGAGAACAGAGCACAUACCGCAAGACGAGAAUUUCAACAACCAGACUACCACGCGCUUGAACAAUAACAGCGUCGUGCAACCUAUGCGACUUUAGCGAUUAUACACAUAGAUUUUCUGUGGCUAAUUUUUAUUAACAAGUGGCUUGAGCACAAUUUUUAUGUGUCACCUUAAACGUAAGUAAACCGGAAUUAUAAAAGAGGCCUCAAAUCCGUCAAGUUAGCGAGGAAUUAAACAAGGUAAGCGAUGAAACGCGAUAACGAUCGUCGCACGGGGCGGCGGGGGAUUUAUGUUCGUAGCUCGGAACGGCUGGGACAACUGAAUUACGUUAGGUACAGUUUCGAGCGUUCUAACGAAGUAAAUUUUUCACUCGCGAAACAAUGUAAAGUGUUCAAAGAAUAUGUAAGACUCUGCUAGGUUUUGUGAAAUGGAGUAGCAAUUUUUUGAAAACGUUUACCGGGAUGUUCUGACAUGAGAAACUUCGAUGUUAUCGCUCAGUAAUCGAGCUUAAAGAACUCCUGUAAGCCAACAAAAAAAAAGCAACACAAAGAUAUCCUUAGUAAGACUGUAACUUUAAGAACAAAGAUAAAAAGACACAAAAUUUUGAGAAAGAAACUGAAGUCACACAUGACGUUAAUAUUAAGAGGUGAACCUUCCUCUUACGUUCUGCAUGAGCGCAACAGGUUUUUUACACAGUUAUUUUUAACCAUUAUCGAGAAAACGCGAACGAGAUUUUGACGGACAAUAUCAUGCAGAAAGUAAGACUUUCGCCAAUGAUACACAUCAUCCGAUUAGACAGACAUUCUCGUCAGACGCGCGGGUACGACAAAGGCUUGCUUACUGCCGUUUUAAGGUGUGCAGAAGUCGUUGGUAAAAAGAGUUCCUUUCUUGUGUCUCUGCGGACAGUUGUUGUUUUCUCUCUCGUUUUUGUUUGUAUUUAUUUAUUGUUACAAGAGUAUGCACUCGUUUUUUUUUUUGUAGAAUUUAUGUUUUCCUAAUGUUUUCUUCCAAAGAAACGAAGGGUCACACGAAUCUCGAUGCACUACUAUGCUCUUUCUGGAAAAAUCCUGCGACUCAGAGAGCGUGUACAGUGUACAAACUAUGGUACUCUAAUCGUUAAGAUAUUAUUCUACUCUGUUAAUAUUAUUAUUCGUAACUUUCGCAACGUUGCACGUGGUCGAUCUAAUGCUUUAACAUGCUUUUGCACCACCUUAAUAACAAAUGCAAUAUCCACUGCUAUCGAAUUAUGGGAAGCUGUAAAAUCAAAUCUCAUCGAAACUGAAUCCUCACGAAAUAGCACAAUUCCAUGAACAAAAUAAGUUUCGAUACACAGACACGUUUUAGGAGGGUAACGAAUAUAUAAAAUAAUUCACUUCACGAUAUUCGCGAAAUCACUCAGAAGUUCGGUUGACAUUCCAUUCGGAUUAGCGGUAAAUAUAUAGGGCGAAAGUAGAAUAAGUUGAAAUAUUUUGGAUAUCAUCUUUAAUAGAGAAUUUGAUAAUCGAAUCGUUGAAACAGAUCUUUUCCGAAUGUUCAUUUUUUAAUGAUCGAGAGUAUACGGCAUCGUGUCUCGGUCGAAACGACAAAAAAUUCGAUUUACGAUUAGUCAAUCAAUGAGGUUGAUGAUUUUGAUAAAAGUUCUUCCUGUACAAACAGAUACAUAUAGUUAUUUUCCACAAUUUACACGUAGUACCAUAUCAGAGGAUUUGUUAUUAUGUAAAAUACAUUAUUAUAAAUAUUGUAAUAGUAAGUGCUUAGCGUCGAGGCUUUUUGUUUUAGUAAACGGGAAAACGAGGAAGAAUUAAUAUAUUCUUUUACUUUUACUUCUCAAGGAUGAACGAAGAGAUACGCUCAUUUACAUUGCUGUCGCUUUAGUUUAAUUGAUUUCGAAUUAGAGCACGUCGGGUCAUGAUUAUCGAAACGGUUGUGGAAAUUAAUUCUCGUCUGUCUUUAGUCUUUCAUGUGUUAACUAGUAAAGAUUGUAACGUGAGAAACAUAAUACCUUAAACGAUUCUACUUAAAACCAGUGUAUAAGUUAAACGUUGCUUUUGUCAAUGUAAGAAACUGGCAAGAAGCAAUUUGGUGCACGCAGGUUGUAUAAAUAUUGGUUGUGCGUUGUUACAUUGAAGCUUUCUGGUCUGUUCCUCCCAGCAAUGUAUAAUCAUAUUAGGAGCGAACAGACUCAUUUCGGCUUCGUACUAUGCACUCUGUGUUGUGAAUGGUAUAUAAUAUAUAAACGCGCUAAUGAAAAAAAUAUUACGAUAAUAACGAUAACGAUAUAAAUAUAUAUACUAAGAUAUAUAUUUAUAUAGCCGAUGCAUCAUAAUAUUUUAGCUAUAAGCAAAGACAAUUUUUUAUAUACAUAACAAUACUAAUAAUAAUGCUGAAAUACAAUGAUGAAUAUUUAUCUACGUAUUCGUAUAGGUAAUGAUUUCGUGCUAUGAUAUCGAGCUUCGAGAGUGAUCUAGUAAGUUUGCUCAUUACGAGUGUCUCAUGUAGAAUAUCAUGUUCCUCUUUCCUUUCUGAAGAGUCGUGUUUCUUCAUUCACCUUUACAAAUCUUGAAUCUUCACUCGCGACGAAUUUAUUCAGGGUCGCAGGUCUUUUAAUUAACGAUUAACAAUUGAAUUUUAAUUCCUGAUUAGUCAGAAUUAAAAUUUGAAAAUAGGGAUUGAAAAGGUUUUGUGAAUAAUUGUUUCAAACUGUUAUACAUCGGUUCUGAUCGAAAUGGUCACAAAGAACUGGAACUGUUUUCGACCCCUGAUUUCAAGUCAAUUGUUAAUUGGUGUUCAAUUAAAUUGAAGAUUUAAUCGGCCUUCUGCAGCCCUGACUAUAUUAACAAUAUUCGAAACUGCUUCCUUUUUCUAUGAAAUACAAUUCUUCUAAUUAAAGAGAAAGAAAAGUAAUAAAAAUAUUACAGCAAUAACAUAAAAAACACGACCCUUCCGUGCGUCAUGCACGUUGAAAUAAAACUAUAAUCAACUCGUUUCUGCUGACAUAUAUAACAAUAGAUGUAUCGUAAUGUAGAUGUUUAAUUGUCUCGAAAGCUAUCUGGCGAAGGCAUAGUUUUGCAUUUAGUGGCAUUAACGACACGGCAAAUGAUAAAAAGAUGAAGUAUAAAUGUUACUCGGUAUAUAAAAUGAGAAAUUAUUCUUAUAACUAUCAGCCGCUAACGGGGAACUUAACGAUAAAGCUUAGUCCUCUGGAUUUAGAAUUCUGCCAUUGCACAAUUAUAUAGAAGAUCUGCAUAUCUACCCGUGCAAUAUAAUAUAGGAAUGUUCACGAAAACUUUUACUAGACAUACCAUCAGGAAAUUAAUAUCAUUAGAAUAGACAGUAAGACAUAAUCAUGUUCGUUUCUCAUUCUCAAAACUAUUUUCUUAAUCACGUUCUAAAUAACUAUCCAUUUCGUUGUUCCGUUAUAUAUUUCGAACGAAUCACAAUACAUAUACUAAUGUUAAAAAUUCGAUAUUUAAUUAAGCCAGAUAAUGUUUUCAUCUUCCUAUACGUAAAAGAAAAAUGAUCAGAUACUAUAACAGUGAAGAAGUAGAUAUAUUUUUAUGAGGUAGAUCACAGUAUUGUAAAUUUAAAUCUACAAAGAUAAUGGCAGAUUAACUUUAUUAUAUUGAUUUGAAAUUGUUUUGGUCCUCGCACUUCCAUUCAUUCCACUUUCGCAUUGAUAAUCAUACAUCUCUCGAAAUACUGAAAUUAUCGAGCACAGCACUUAUCGUUACAUCUUCGUAGUUAAAUGUAUUGCAUCGGUAUUAAUUAAUUCACGUGGAAUGGUCGUAUGUGAAAUAUAUAUUAAGUAAAAAGCACAAUGCGUACCAUAGAUUAGUGUAACGGUUGCUGUCAGCACCAAAAAUCGUCCCUAACAUACAUACUGCUUGCCUAUGAUAUACCAGAAGGGAAAAUGAUGUAAUGUGGUUUUUACAAAAGGCUUCGAUCAGAUUUCUUUUGGGAAAGAGAAACUUGGAUCAAGCGUUUAUUAAAGCGUUUACUUCUUGUGAAAACUACAGAUCUGUCCUGUCAUUGUCUAAUAGAUUAAAGAUAUUAGUUUAACAUUAACGAGUUUAAAUUAAGCGACGAUGAGAUAGGUUUAUAACACUGUCUCCAGAAAUAAUUUCAUAGUGAAUAAGCAUUAAUCUCGAUAUUAAUUAAGUGUUGAUCUGCGAUAAGCCCUUCGGAUUGCGUUAGCCAAAUUCUUUUUUAGCGAUUUAUUUACACGGUUAUUUGUUUUAUAAGAAAAGAAAGAGAAAAGCGUAAAAAUAUGCGUAGCAGUUGGAAUUUAGUUUUCUAGUUAGUUUGUAUAAAUUGUUAAAUAUUCUACGCUUGAUUUAUUACAGUUAAUUCAUUCCGAAUAUGGUAGGUCAGGAGUUAAAUGGAAAUCGAAUGAUUCGAGUGCGUAUAUAGAAUUGGUCGUGUCGAAUUUAAACUGCGAUUACAUGUAGAAACCAAGUUUUCCUAAUAUCGACAUGUUCAAGGUUCAUUUUCUAAACUACGAACGAUGCACAUACCAUCACGUACAAAUCCUGUAUUUAAAAGAGAGAAAUAUGAAAAUGUAACAUGUUUGGUUCGAAAAUUGUUUAAGUAUUUUUGUGGGAAAAGAAAUAAUAAAGAAAGUCAAGGUUGUGCUUGAAUAUCCAAUA